AUGGAGUUCGGCCGCAGCGGCGAGUUGACGCCAGGCGCCGACUCUCGAACGACUACGGGUCCCAUCAUCGCCAACCGAGUGACGGACAAGCUGACCAAGGUGCACGACCUGGUGUGGUGCUGUCGAUCCGGAUCCGCCGCUGACACGCAGGCCAUUGCCGACAUCGUGGCCAGGCACCUCAGCCUCCAGGCUGUCCACCACGGCACCCCGCCUACUACGGGACAGUCUGCUGCCAUCUUUUCCGAGAUCUGCUACGCCAACAAGGAUAUGCUUUCUGCCGGUCUGAUCGUCGGAGGAUACCACCCCCGGUACGGCGGCGAGGUCUACUCGAUCCCCAUGGGCGGAUCGCUACACAAGGAGCCCUUCACCAUCAGCGGUUCUGGAUCGACGUACAUCCGCGCGCUGUGCCAGAAGAACUGGAAGGAAAACAUGGAGGAGUCCGAGGCCAUUGACUUUGUCAAGACGAGCCUGCGCGAGGCCAUCCGGUUCGACGGCAGCUCGGGCGGUGUGAUCCGCGUGGCCGUCCUGACGGCCAGGGGGGUGGAGAGGUGGCUGUACACGCCUGAUGACGAGUACCAGAAGCCGACGUCGGACAAGCCGCAAAGGGCUGUUGUCAUUUAA